AUUGUUGGAAAUUUGACAAUGAUUUGACAUACAAACAUAAAAAUAUAAAAUAUUUAUAAACAUGUAGUUACAUUUAAAAAGUGAUUUUAGAUUGUGUAAAGAUUUAAAUACCUACCCACUCGAAAUGUGAUAAAUAGUUUUGUGUUAUCUGUAGAAACUCGAACAUGUAACAACAAAGUUUUUUUAAAAAAAAUGUCUAGUUUAACUUUGAAAGAAUUAUUUCCAUCUAAAUUAAGUUUCAUAAUUUUCGUUGGGUAUAUACUUUUAUUUGUGAAUCAAGGUAUUCUUGUAACUGCAUCUCAACAAUCAAAUAAUCGUUAUGACUAUAGUGUUGUAACUGUAGUUUUAUUAACAGAAGUUCUGAAAUUGGUAAUCUCAAGUCUUCUUUAUUGCAGAGAAAAUUCUGCCACACAACUAGUAAAGGAAGUUUUAAGUAAUAGAAAAGUAUUGUUACUUUAUUUUGUACCUGCCUUCUUGUAUUGUUUAUACAACAAUUUAGCAUUUAUAAAUCUAUCUUUAUUUGACCCCACAACGUACUAUUUAUUACUACAAUUCAGAGUUGUUGUAACUGGAAUUCUUUUCCAGGUAAUUUUCAGCAAGAUCUUAAGCAAAAAACAAUGGAUAUCGUUGAUAAUCUUAACGUUAGGAUGCAUGUUGAAACAAGUCAAUUUCACGCAAGAAACUCCCGCCGAAAAACCCUCGAAAGCCGCGUCCGUAUCUUUAGGCCUGGACGCCAUUAUGAUAUUCGUGCAAAUAAUUUGCUCAUGUCUUGCCGGAGUUUACAACGAAUACUUGUUGAAAAAACAAGGUGCUUCUAUUAAUAUCUUCGUUCAGAAUGUGUUUAUGUACUUAGAUUCGAUAGUUUGUAACGUUUUGUUGCUGAUUCUGAAUGGAAACUUGUUGGAAGCGUUUCUGUACGACAACAUCACCAAGGUGUUCCAUUACAAGGUAUUGCUGGUGAUGAUAAACAACGCUGCUAUAGGAAUAGUUACCAGUUUCUUCCUGAAGACACUGAAUUCCAUUUUGAAGACGUUCGCAAGCGCUCUGGAGUUGGUGUUCACUGCGCUGCUGAGUAAUUUGUUGUUCAGUAUUCCAAUUUAUCUGAAUACCGUGUUAAGUAUUUGUACAGUGAUGGGUGCUACGUAUUUAUAUACGCAGAAUCCCGUGCAGAAUCCUCCGAAGCCCGCGCCUCAGAAACAGGACGAAGAGUCGUUGCUUCAGAUGGAGGAAGUGUGAUGAUGAUGGUGAUAUUAUGAAGACAGAGUUUAUAGUUAUUAUUCAAAUUUUAUUGCUGAAAAGCCUGAAUGU